UACGCUUAAUUUUUGAUCCUCGUAAUAAAUAGUAAAAUAGCAAUCACAUGCAAUCAAAAAAAUUAAAAAGUAUUACAAAAAUAAUUGAUAUUAAAUAGAAAGUUUCACAAAAUGGGUGGAAAACAUAAGCAAGCCCAGCGUACAAAAAAUAAUACUCGACCAUCAAGUAGUGGACGUAGUGCUGAACUAUUAGGCUCGUCAAUUCCAACGUUUGUUGGAUUUUCAACAGGUAAAGAUGGAGGAUUCGUUCCAGUUAUUCCCGGAUUCGGAGGCCUGGGAAUCGAUGAUAUUGAUCCAAAUAUAGAUACGAAUUUUCAAUUAGUUUUGAAGAAAAUGAAUAAAAAAGAUGCUGUCACCAAGCAUAAGGCUCUACAAGAAUUUAUUGAGUUAGUGAAUGGAUGUGAGUUGGAAGUUUUGAAAACGGUAUUACCAUUUUGGCCACGAUUGUAUUGUUCAUUAGCAGUAGAUGCAGAACAUAGAGUUCGUGAGGCCUCUCAUUUAGCUCAACGUGCAGUUGCAGUGAAAGCUAAACGAAAUCUUGCACCAUAUUUAAAGCAGUUAAUUGGACCGUGGUUUACAUCGCAAUAUGAUAGCUACGCUCCAGCUGCGUCAGCGGCUCAACAAGCAUUUCAGGAUGCAUUUCCAACUUCAAAGUUACCAGAAGUAAUUGCAUUCUGCCAAGAAGAAAUUUUAAGUUAUGUUUAUGAAAACCUAAUACACACUGUUCCACAAAGUACUACUAACAAAAAUUUAAGUGAAGAUGAAGUAGAAGCACGAUAUCAACGAAUUUUAGUUGCUAGUUUACAAGGUUACGCCUUAUAUUUACGAAAAGUUCCACCUCCACAAAUUGAAAUGGCUGCCGAAUCAAAUAAAAAACUAAUAACAAAUAGUAAAUUUUGGAAAUUAUCAAAACAUAAAAGUCCAUUUAUACGUACUGCAUGGUUUAGUACUUUAGGAGCUUUAUUACAGUGUGCACCAACAUGUUUAUUGGAAAAUGAAGGGCAACGUGUUACAACAACGGUGUUAGCAAAUUUGGAUGAAACAGAUCCAGCAGUUUUACCAGUUGUUUGGGAAACAGCACUAUUGGCUCUAUUCACAGUUCAGGAUUGGUGGAUGCAUAUUAAUGUGGAGAAAUUAGUUUUACCUAAAUUGUGGCGAGUUUUGCGUGAUGCUGCGCAAGGAAAUGCCACAUCAAUAUAUCCAAAUUUAUUGCCCUUAAUAUCAAAAUUUCCACCUGGCUCAGAUGCGAAUGCAUUUUAUAGUACAUUUUUCGAUAAUAUACGAUUAGGAUUAAAUCAAAAAAGUGUGCAACAAAGUCGUAGUGAACUAAACUCCGUAGUAACAUCAUUCACCGAAUGUUUACAAUACGUUAUAUUAAAGAAUCAACACGAUCAACAAUUAUGUGAAUCAUUAAUAAAAAAUCAAUUAAUAAUAACAAUCAAAUGGUGUAUAUUAGAUGGACAUUUUGCAACAAAAACAAUAUAUUCACAAAUCACAAAUUUAAUACAUUAUUGGUAUCGUAAUCGCAAUAAUAUAGAAACCCCAUUAUACUCCUGUCUUCUACAAUUAUUCUGGCAAGAGCUUACCGAUUUAUGUUUACAAAUUUUACAAGACAAUGAAAAUACAUUUGAUAAAGAACUAUGCAAUAAUAUUCAUAUAAAAAUUAUUGAAUUAUUAUUUACUUUACGUCGUAAUAAUCAUAAUAUUAAAUUAAAAAAACAAUUGAAAGUACAAUUUAGUGAACGUUUAACAAGCGAAUAUUGUGAUAAUUCAGUUGAUUCGGAAACCUCACAGCCACUGUUAUCGUCAACAGAUAGUGGUACAACGAAUCCGAAUGCGGAUAAUUCAUUUUUGGAUGAAUUAAAUUUAAUUGUAUAUAAAAUAUGUGUAUUUUAUAUGAAUAAUGUACCGAAAUGUAUUCAUUUAUACCUAUUUCAUUUUUAUUCGUUGAUACAAGAAUUUGAUUCGUUGAAUUUAUUUCAAUAUCUAUGUGAUAAUUUAAAUGCAACUGGUGUAUAUGCAUUGUAUGAUCAAGUGUUUAAUGGCUGGUUAAUUAUUGGUGAAGAAACUGAUACACUUGUUGAUUUAACAUUUAUUUUGUUUAAAUAUUUAAAAUCUGAUGAGAUUGAUAUGAUUCUAAAUACAUUUAUUCAGUUAAAUAAUGAAAAAGUGUUAUUAAGAUGUCUUGCACAAAGCUUAGCGCAUCCAUUUAGACAUAUGGAGAUUGUUUGCACCUGGUUGAAACGUAAAGAAAUCGAUCAACUUUUGGAAAAUUGUUCUAUGAAUAUUAUUAAUGAUAAUGAGAAUAAUAAUCCCGAAAAUAUGGGAUUAUUACGCUUAGCAUGUGCACCAGAUGAAACCGAAGGUUUAUUAAUUAGUAAAGAAGCACUAAUAAAAAUAGUAAAUAUAAUUUGUAAACCUUUAAUAAAUCCACAAGAAUAUCCAGUCACAUUAGAUGCAUGUGCACGAUUUGCUGCUGUUUUAUCAGCGUUUUUAUAUUCUGAUGAAUAUGUUCACAUAUAUACUGAUUUAGAAUUAUUAAUAGCAUUAUUUACAUUAAAUACCAACGUUACAAUUACAACCGAAACACUUAGUGAAGAUACAUUAUGGGAAAUAAAUACAGCAUGGCAAGAUGCAAUCAGUGUAUUACGUACAAAAUACGCAUUAGAAUCAAAUGAAAUAAUUCUUAUAACAAAUCGUUUUGCCGAAUCAUUAAAAUCAACAAUCACGCCAGCAAUAAAUACCGAAUUAUUCGAAAAAGUUGUACAACUAACAAUUGAAUUUAUUACAUCUUGUUGUCCCAACUCAACCGUUGGUCGUGUUACAUUUAUUUUAAAUAAUAUUUUACAACAUUUUAAUGUAACCUCAUGUGUUAAAUACUUUACUGAAAUAUGUUUAAAUGCUGAAACUAUAAACGGAGUGUUUGUAUCGCCUGAAACAUUGAUACAAAUUGAUAGUUUGUAUGUAGAAAAAUUCCAAAAUUGUUCUAAACUUAAUGCGGAUAUUGAAGUUGAUCAGAUGAUUAUUUAUUGUAAAUAUGCGGUACAAUUAAUUUAUAAAUUGUAUGAAAAAUGUGAUGAUAAUGGCGAUGAGGAUAAUGAUGAAGAGAAUGAAGAUGAUGAGAAUGAUGAUGAAGAGAAAUUGGAAAAUAAUACGCUUCCAUUAAAUAUUUUAACACCUGAUAUUGAGAAUGAUAUUUUGUUUCAUAUUUUUACUUGUAGUGUAUUAAAUACGUAUUCUGAAUACUUUAAAAUUACAAAACAAUAUAAUGCAAUCAAAACAAAUUUACCUGAAUAUGAAAAACAUUUAACGAAUUUACUAAAUAUUUUAAGUAGAGAAAUGAUUGAACAAAUCAAUGAAACAUUAUUUAACAAAUCAAUAAGUUUAGGAUAUAUAUGGCCACGUUUAUAUUAUAUUUUACAUACAAAAUAUCAACCAAAAUUAUUAACAAUCAAAACCCCGAAUGUCUUGUUUACGGAAGGCUUACGUUUGGAAACAGCAUCAUUUACGUCUAUUGGCUGGUUACAUUGGUUAUGUAUAUUUGCUAAUGAUUUGAAAUUGGAACAAAUUGAUUUAAUUGGUAAACGACAGGUCGAUACUUUAGCAAUUGUACGUAAUGUUCCCAUGUCUGAUAAAACAACGAUUUUUACCUUGGAGGCAUUAAAUAUGAUUAAAGCUAUACAUAAACGUUCAGAUAUUUUAUUAGAAAAGGAUAUUUCAAAUUGUUCAUGGGAAUCAAUUCAAGUUAUCAUUGAAAUAAUACGCUUAUUAGUUGCAAUAAUUAAAAAUGAACCCCAGCAUUUAACAUCAACACAUUGGGAUUUCAUAUACAUUGGACUAUUUGGUUGGGUUGAAACUAUUCGAAAAUCAAUAAAAAGUGAUUCAUCAAUUUCGAUUUUAUCAAUGACAUCAGCUGUUUGUGAAUUAUUUAUUGAAGUUAGUAAAUUUAUGGAAAAUAUUAAAGCAGAUGUUGCCGCUGGUGAUGCAUACAAAAAGUUAGCCGAAGAAUGGAGUGAAGUUGUUGCAAUUGAAGUACAAGUUCGUUUAUUUAAAAUAUUUAAAACAACUAUUGAAAAUAUAAAUGAAAACAAUUACAAUAACUAUACAGUGACAUUAAAAUCACUAUGUGAUUGUUCAAAAUAUAUAAAUGGUCCAAAUGUGAUACGUAAUGAUACUAAAAUAAAAUGGCGUGAUUUAACAUGUCAUUUUACAGAAUUACUAUACAAUAGUUUAACCACACAACGAAUAGCCGCUACCAUUUUUAUACAAAAUAUAUUAUGUCCAUAUUUAAUUGAAAUGGAUACAAAUGCAAUAUCUGGUGAAUCAUCAAGUGCCAAUAAUUAUCAAUUAUCAUUAGAAAUAUUUAAAAAAACAUUAGAAAAAACACAAUUAAUUGUUGAAUCAAUGAUUCAAGAUUUUAAACUUGGUGAGCAAAUAUGUCAAGUGAAACCAUUUACAGAAGCAUUUGAUUAUACCGCUGGAUAUUUGUUGACAUGGUCCCUGUUGUUGAAAAUGUUUUCAAAUGCAUCAUCGAAUUUACGAUAUCAGUAUACAGAAUGGUUUAGAGACCAUGAUUAUUUAAAGAUUCUAAUGCAGAAUAUACUUCGAUUAAUGCCAGAAAAAAUUUUGGAUCCAUCGGCACAAGCUAUGCCAAAUUUAACUGAAUUAUUUGAUGAAACGACCAAAUUUAGUGUUACAGAUGAACAAACAAGUGAGUGGGUUGAAACAUGCGCAUGUGGCGUAUUUCGUGAUAUAUUAACAGUAGCACCAGCAUUAGUACGCCAAUGGUGGUCAAGUGCUGAAUCACGUGUUGCACGUAUUGUCGAUCGUAUAACAUCAACAUUCAUUUCAUCACAAUUAUGUACACAAGAAUUACAGAACUUAUCAAAACAUAAUAAUGAACAUAUGUCUGUCAAAGUACAUCCAGUGGCACGUGAAGUUGUAGCCACAUACACAGUGGAUGAAGCACGUAUGGAAAUUAUAAUAUCCUUACCACCAAACUAUCCAUUGGGUACAGUGAAAAUUGAUUGUAAUAAUCAAAUUGGUGCAACAAAUCAGUGGCGUAAUUCAAUCAUGCAAUUAUCUUUAUUUUUAACACAUCAAAAUGGUAAUGUUAAUGAUGGCCUAACAUUAUGGAAGAAUAAUUUGGAUAAACAUUUCGAUGGUGUUGAAGAAUGUUAUAUAUGUUUUUCGGUUAUACAUGCUGGUACUUAUCAAUUACCAAAACUGUCGUGUUCCAAAUGUAAAAAGAAGUUUCAUUCUGCUUGUUUGUAUAAAUGGUUUAGUACGAGUAACAAAUCUACCUGUCCUAUAUGCAGAAGUUUAUUUUAAUCAAACUUCUCUUUAUGUUAAAACUGAUAAUUAAGUAUUUUUUCAGAAAAAGUUGAAAAACAAACAAAUGAAAAAAAUUUUCUAUAUUAUUAUUUUAAUCAAUAUAAUUUAUUGUUUUAAAUACUUAUAA